CCCACGGUGCGGGGCGGGCGGGGGGCGGUUGGGACGACGAGGGCGAGACGGGGGGCGGCGCCCCCAGCCUCGUGUCGUCCCUGACGACUGACGAGGCUGGGCUGAGCAGCGCGCGCACCUCACCUCCUCUCACCGCCAGCGCUGGCGGGGCACUGAGCCUGCAGCGGGCAACCAGCGUCGCGGAGGCUGACGCCGCAGCGUCACUGGUGGACGACGUGCUGACGUCGGCCGCCCGUGGCUGGCCCGUCCCGUACACGUCGUUCACGGCCCACGUCGCGGCCGCUGCUGACGUCGACGCGCGCAGUCUCGUCGCGUACGUCGCACGUCGCCUUGACGACGUUCAUCGUCAGCCGCUGACGUCAGGCCAGCAGAUGGCGCCGCUGACGUCAGGCCAGCAGAUGGCGCUGCUGACGUUGGUUGACGUGUGCGUUCAUGAUGACGUCGUCUCGCCUCGUCUCGUGAAGCAGCUUCUGCUGACGACGCUGACGAGACUCGCUGCAGGGCAAGACGUCGAGAAAAACGUCUCGACGCGCGCCACGAGACUUGCCCUCGAAACGCGCGCCCUCGCUGGUCUCUGCGAGCGGCGAGACGCGUGAACGCGAGACACGUGAAUGCGAGACACGUGAACGCGAGGCGCGUGAACGCGAGACGUGUGAA